AUGAGCCGCCAGGAUCACCACCAGCGGCCUCGGCCCACCCACGGAUACGACCCUCGCGCCGCCGCCGCCGCGCAAUUUUAUGGCGCCGCCUCGAUGCCGUUCCCCGACCCCGGCGCGGCGGCGCUGCACGGGAUGAACCCCUACGGCUUCGCCCCUAACCCCUUCUUCAAUAACUUCCUCUUCCAGAACCCCGCUGCCCUAGCUGCCUACCAACUCCAGCAGCAGCAGGCGCAGGUGCAGGCGCAUCACUUCGCCUCCCAUGCGUACCAUCAAGCCCCUACCGGUAACGCCAAGCACCGCCCGAUCAAACCCGACGCCGCUGCCAAACCUGCGCCGCCGGGCUCCCAGCCGCAGCAGCAGCCGCCACCGGGCAACCAGCAGGCCGUGCUCGACCGGGCGCAAGAGGCGGCGAGGAAGGCUCGGGAGGAGCUCGUGAAGGGCGGGGAGGGCGUCACGGCGUGGAAGGUAGCGCAGGCGGUGCUCGUGGCGCUCAAGGCUGACUCGUGGGACUCCCUCAGCGUCCAGCCCCAGGAUGUGCCUCUCCUGCGGGACCUCUUCCUAAUCGAGGGCAAGGUGAACGCAUUCAUACAUUGCUAUGUUGCAGCAAGAAAAAUUGUAACGGUUUAUGAUCUGGAGGUUGAGAUAUGCAAGAAUGAGGGGGUUGUACAAUUUGAAGAGCUGGGUUUGGGACCUUUCCUUCAGCACCCGCUAGUUGCACAUUAUUUUUUAGUGCCGGCUGAUUUGUCUGUGGUGCCUAAGCUUUCUAGUGAGGAGAUUAUCAAUGUCCUGCUGAAAUUUGUGGACAACUCUAAGAAAAGAAUCACAAUUGUAGAUUUCUUGAAUCAUCUUGCAGAGAAAAAAUCAGUCUCUGGGAAGGAAAAACUUGGUGUGCGGGUACAGAGCUUGGGGUUGCAUAUUUCCUUACUACAACAGGCCAAGCAAACAGAAGUGUCUGCUGCGAAGCUUCUAGGAAAUAUGAGUGGAUCUGGUAAUAGUAGUCGGGAGAAGGAUUUGUUGAAAAAUGCAAGUUUCCGUACUCACAAGAAGGCUUUGGACAAGAGGUUCAUUUCUUUAACUAAUCGUAUAAAGCAGUUACCAGGCAUCAAUAAGCAUAUCCAUUUUGAUUCAACCGAUGAUGAAACUAAUGAUGAUACUGGUUCUGAGGAUGGGAAAUCUGAUGACAAUGAGAAUAAGAAUGAUUGUUCUGUUCUUGACAAAAAGGAUGGUGAUAAGCGUGUGAAUAGCUGCCCAUAUCCGUCAAAAACUGAAGAACUGGAAAGGCUUGGUUUGAAAUCUGAAAUUAAUAGAAGGCCAUCUUUAGAGAAUAGCAAGCCAAAAGAGAGUGGAAAAAAAGGGAAAGUAAGUGAAAAAAGAAAGUUUGAAGAAAUUGGGAGUCCUAGCUGUUCAUGCAAGCAGCCUAAGAAGCAGCAAAAGUUGCAAAAGCAUGAAGCAUCACCGAAUUGUUUCCUAAGUAUAGGUAAGCUGGAGAAUUUUGUAACAACAUGGAAGGAAACAUGUCGUGAGCAUCCAGUUCAACAGGUUCUGGAAAUGUUAGCAAAUUACUAUGGAAGAACACCAACAGAGAAGAAGAGAAUAAUAAAUUUCUGCUCACAGUACCCAGGCAUUGGCCUUCUCAACGUUGCUGUUAAAUCAAUGGGAUGUGGUCUGCUGGAUAGCAUUUACGAUGUGAUACAGCUUGCUAGUGAGAAUAAUGUAUCUUCAAGCCCUCUUCAUAACACCACCACCGAGGUUAUGGAAAUCGAGCCUCCAAGUAAAGAAAAUACUGGUUCUACUGAUGGAGCCCAUAAGAAGAGUGAAGACAAGAGGACUGGACAUAGUGUUGCUAUUGAUGAUGUCAUCAGGAGGAUAACGGAAUAUAUUGAAUCCAACAGUAAAGUCUCUGGUGAUGUGACUUUGCAAGUGAGGGCACUUAAUGAUUGUGAAACAUGGUUAACUACUCAAUUUUCAGCAAAUCAAUUCAGUGCUCUUGGCCAUGGGACAUUCCUUGAGUUUUUGGACAAACAUUGUCAUCAGUUCCGAACUGCUUUGAGUAGUUUCUUGAAGGAGGGUACUUGUAAUUCUUCAUCUCUGGAAGUUUCUGUACUGCAGCAGCAAAUUGAAUUUUUACUCUGUCAAGCUCAGAGUAAUUGGCUGGAAGAUGGUGGCUUUUCAGAGGAUAGUUUCGUGAUGCUUCUUAAAAGGCAAUUUCCAACAAUAAGCUUUAAUAUCGUGCAAGACAAAUCUGGUGGAGGAGUUCCUGGCUUCAUUGAGGGGCAGAAGAAAGACAUACAAACAAAUAGUUUAAAAUUUUCCAUCUCUUUGUUGGAGAAACGGUGGUCUGGAACUUUGCCAAGUAGACAUGGGAAUGUUGAUGAACUGGGGAACAAUGUCGCUGAACAAUCUUAUUAUUGUGGUACAGUUUGCUCACGAGAGGCAAUUAAUUGUUUACUGAGGGCUCCUAUGCUGUCUGAUCUGCAUCUUUGGUCCCAUUGGGAUUCGCUAUUUGCUCCUACACUGGGCUCCUUUGUACAUUGGUUGCUGAAUACUGGUCCAAUUCAAGAGCUAGCAUGCAUUGCGACCACAGACGGUAGGUUUAUUAGAGUAGAUUCAUCAGCCACAGUUGACCAGUUUCUGGAAGCUAUUAUCCAACGCUCACCAUUUCAAGUGGCAGUGAAACUGCUUUCACUGCUAUACAUUUACAAUGGUUCUACGAGCACCCCAAUGUCAUUGCUAAAAUGUUAUGCACAGCGAGCAAUAAAGCUCAUAGUAGAUAACAACAAUGAUUUGAUGAAUGCUAAAUCUGAAAACAAAAUAUUUAUGCCUGACGAGCCCCAAAACCUAAGUAGUGAAAGCUCUACUUGUUUUGCUGGUCAGUGUCAAGAAAGCUCUCAGGUGUCUUCUGCAAGAUUGAUCAAGUCUGAUAGCUUGCCAAACUUUGAUAACACAGUUCAUUUGAUGGCAAAAUUUGUACUUGAUUGUCUUGGUCAUCUACCUCUGGAAUUCCGUAGUCUUGCAGCAGACAUACUAUUGGCAGGAUUUCGGGUUGUUACUAAGAACUGGCAUGCAGUUAUGUUGCAUGAAGCCACUGAAAACGGGGAGCUUUGCAUGCUUCAUGAUAUUGGCUUGUCACUUGGAGUUGUAGAAUGGGUUGAAGAUUGCCGUAGGUUGUGUUUAACUGAAGAAGUUCAUGUGCAGACAGAAAUGCAUUCUUCUGCCAAGCUUGCAUCUGAGGGAGCCACACAUGAAAAUUCUAACAUGCAUAUUUCUAGUGAUGUUAAUAUGAUGGAUGAGAGAAGACAAUUGUUUCCUGGCAUAAAUGAUCGGGUUGGUAUAGAUAAUGAAGACAAUAAGAUGUUAAAUCCUGCUGGAACGGAGGCAGAUAUUGCAGAAUUACAUACUAGCAGAACUUCCAGGAUGGAAGAAACAAAUCUUGAAGAAGCAUCUCUUGUUAUUGAGACUAUACGUCGUGAAGAGUUUGGUCUGGAUCAGGAACUAAGUGACACUGAGAAUAGCUUGUUAAAGAAGCAGCAUGCUCGACUUGGCAGAGCAUUGCAUUGCCUUUCGCAAGAACUAUAUUCCCAGGAUUCUCAUCUACUUCUUGAGCUUGUACAGAACGCUGACGACAAUACAUAUCCUGAGGAUGUUGAACCAACAUUAGCAUUCAUUCUCCAAGAGAAUGGUAUUGCUGUUCUAAACAAUGAGAGGGGCUUCUCUGCUGAGAACAUUAGUGCACUCUGUGAUAUUGGUAACUCGACAAAGAAAGGAUCAAACCAGGGUUAUAUUGGAAAUAAAGGCAUUGGAUUUAAAUCAGUUUUCCGGGUAACUGAUGCUCCGGAGAUCCAUUCAAAUGGUUUCCAUGUGAAAUUUGAUAUCACAGAUGGCCAGAUUGGUUUUGUGUUGCCAACUGCAGUUCCACCUUACAGUACCACUUCUUUUAGUAGAAUGUUAGCCGUUGAAGAUGACAAGGAUGCCCAUUCGUUGUGGAACACUUGCAUUUUACUUCCCUUCAGAUCAAAAUUUAGGGAGGGCACUGGUAUGUGCUCCAUUGUGUCUUUGUUUUCAGAUCUGCACCCAUCUCUACUGCUGUUCCUUCAUCGACUAAAAUGUAUCAAGUUUAAGAAUUUGUUUGAUGACACACUUCUGAUUAUGAGAAGGGAGGUUCUUGGUGAUGGCAUUGUGAGAAUCUCGCAUGGGAUUGAGACAAUGAGUUGGUUGGUGGUCAGUAAGAGGUUACAAGGUACCAUUGUGCGGCAUGAUGUGUGCACCACAGAGAUAGCUGUGGCAUUUACUUUGCAGCAGACUGAGAAAGGAGACUAUGAACCUUACUUGAAGCAGCAACCUGUGUUUGCUUUUCUUCCUCUAAGGAAUUACGGUCUUAAAUUCAUUCUUCAAGGAGAUUUUGUUUUACCAUCUUCCAGAGAGGAAGUGGAUGCAGAUAGUGCAUGGAACCAGUGGUUGUUGUCUGAAUUCCCUUCUUUGUUUGUCAGUGCCCAAGAAUCCUUUUGUGCUCUUCCCUGUUUUGAGAGGUGCCCUGGAAAAGCUGUCACAGCUUUCUUGAGUUUUAUUCCUCUAGCAGGAGAGGUUCAUGGAUUCUUCAGCCAGCUUCCUCACUUGAUCCUUUCCAAGUUGCGUCUGACCCGCUGCAUGUUUUUGGAUGGCUCUACUGUGCAAUGGAUCUAUCCAUGCAAUACGCUUAGGGGUUGGGAUGAACAAACUAAAAUGCUAUUGUCCGAAGGCUUACUUCAUGAACAUCUUGGUCUUGGUUACCUCUCAAAAGAUAUUGUUAUAUCUGAUAAUUUAUCAAGGGCCCUAGGUAUUCAUGACUAUGGACCAAACAUUUUGCUAGAUACCAUCUCAUCUAUUUGCCGAAUUGAUGGUUGUAUUGAGUCAUUGGGCCUGGAAUGGCUGUGUGCUUGGUUUGUUAACCUUUAUCUGACGCUGCUGUCUCAUUCUUCUCGAAAUGUUUCCUCAGCAAGAAGCUUCGAAGAUGUUCUUUUGGAUAAAAUUAGGAAAAUACCAUGCAUCCCACUUUCAGAUGGUUCAUUUAGCUCUGUUUCAGAUGGUCCUAUAUGGUUGCCAUAUGAUGUUGUCAGUUCCAUUCCUGAAUGCAGAAGUAGCAUUCAGAAUUUUCCAGUUCUAUAUGGUAAUCUUCGAACUGUAAGUCCAAAUCUUCUCUCUGCAUGCUGCAAAAAUAAAUACCUCAUGGAUGAAGUCAGAAUAAAUGAUCUGGCAGACAUGCUCCAAAAGAUUGGGGUGCGAAAGUUGUCUGGGCAUGACAUUAUUAAAAAUCACAUCAUGGUGUCCUUGCGUAACAGUUUAGAUGCUAAUGUGGCUGAUAGAAUGAUUAGAGAGUAUUUGAGCUUUAUUAUGGUUCAUCUUCAGUCUUCUUGCACCAGCUGUAACUUUGAAAAAGAAGGGAUAGUGUCAGAACUACGGAAGAGUCCUAUCUUCCUUACAAACCAUGGAUACAAGAGCCCAGCUGAUGAACCAAUUCACUUCAGUAAAGAUUAUGGAAAUUCCGUGGACGUUAGCAGACUGCUUCAGAAUGUAGAAAUUAGUUGGAUUGAACUUGAUAGUAGCUAUUUGAUUCAUCAUGGUUCAGAGUCGUCAUCAUUUGAACGGGAAAAAUGGAGGCGAUUUUUUGAAGAGAUGGGUGUGACUGAUUUUGUGCAGGUAGUGAAAGUUGAAAAAAGUUUAUCCCAAGUUGAUUCUCUUCUAGCAAGAGGCCUUUCUCUAGCUGAUGUAUCUGCAAAACCCUGUACCGUGUAUGACUGGGAGUCACCAGAAUUAUCUAGAAUUUUAUCGAUAUUUUCUUCAAAAAGAUGCAGGGAAAAUUGUAUAUAUCUUCUGGAGGUUCUUGAUAGAUUCUGGGAUGAUUAUUAUAGUGCAAAAUCUACAAUCCUCACAGAUGCUACACAUUGUGGUGAAAACAGAGCAGUUGAGUCAUCAUUUAUGAAGUGCAUUCAAAGCUUCAAAUGGAUAGCAUCAAGAAUGGAUGAGGAUCUUCAUUAUCCAACAGAUUUAUUCUAUGAUUCUGAAAAUGUCCGCUCUCUUUUUGGUAGUGUGGCUCCAUAUGCUGUACCACAGGUAUCUAGCAGUUCACUUAAGAAGGCCAUUGGGUUCAAAACAGAGGUAUCCUACUGUGAUGCAUUGAUGGUCCUGAAGUAUUGGAUAACGUCAAAGGUCCCCUUUAGAGCAAGCAUGAGCCAGAUGUGCAAAUUCUAUACCUUCUUGUCAGAAGGUGUGGCGGACUCAAAGAUUGACAUUAAACGGGAGUUCAUGUCAUCUCCCUCUAUAUUUACACCACUACAGCGUCCUCGGGCAAGUGAGGUUAUUCCUGGAAGGUUUUUGGCGCCAGAAAACCUCUAUUGGCAUGACCCAACAGGAUGCUCUGAAAUAACCGAGGAUUUUGUUGCAACGAAAAACAGAAGCAUGUUCCCAAGAAGAAUGCUGUCUGCAGCCUAUCCAAACCUUUGUGAAUUUUUUACUCUGACAUGUGGUGUACCAAAGGUUCCAACAACAUCAAAUUAUGUUGAGAUGCUGCUACAGCUGUCAACCAUUGCAUUGCCUUCACAGGCAGCAAACCAUGUCUUUUGUGUAUUUGUGAGAUGGGCUAAGUAUCUUCAGUCUGAAAGUGACAAGAUGAAUGAUAUAUUGUACUUGAAAGAAUCUCUUCAGAAAUUAGAAACAACAAUAUUGCCCACCUCAGCCGAUAAAUGGGUCUCUCUACAUUCUUCUUUUAGCCUUGUUUGCUGGGUAGAUGAUGAUGAGUUGAAGCAACAGUUUAUUAACUCUAGUGAUGUUUACUUCAUACAAUUUGGUGACCUUUCUUCUGAGGAUAAGCAAAUGCUGUAUGGAAGAGUUGCUUCUUUGAUGAAAAGCUUAGGCAUCCAAGCACUUUCGAAGGUUGUGUAUCGUGAAGCAAUAUUUUAUGGUACAUCAGAGAACAGAGAAAAGGUUUCCUUGAUUUGUUGGUUUUUGCCAUACAUGCAACGGUACAUCUAUAAGAUGCAUCGAGAUACUUAUAUCAACUUCCAGAAAAACGACAUCAUGAAGAUUAGCAAUCUGCAAGUAGUAGUUGUUGACAAGUUAUUCCACAAGUAUGUACUGAGGGGACUUGAGAGUUCUUCUAAGAAAAGAUUCAAAUGUCAUUGUCUUUUGCAGGGAGAUACUCUAUACGCAACACAAGAUGCCGAUUCACAUUCAGUAUUUUUGGAGCUUUCUAGAAUUUUCUUUGAUGGAUCCCCUGAUCUUCAUUUUGCAAAUUUUCUACACAUGAUCAAAACUAUGGCAGAAUCUGGCACCCAUGCUGAGCAAAUAGAGUCUUUUAUCGUUAAUAAUCAGAAUGUUCCUGAGUUACCUGAACAUGAAGCUGUCUGGUCCUUCUCUUCCUUGUCUGCAGCCGACCAAGGUUCAGCCAACCAAGGUGGUGCUGAUACCCAGGGAAUUGAUUUCCAACCUGUCCAUGAAUUCAGUGCUCCCAAUCAUCAGAAGGCAGCAGGAAUGGUUUCAAGUUGGCCUCUUAACCAUUGGAGAACAGCACCCAUCUUCAGAACACCUCUCAUAAACCAGCAUGCAAGCAUGCAAGAGGCAAAGGUGAAUGAUGCUGGACCUUCAUCAAACUUAAACAUGCCUGCUAUGUAUGGACACACCGAAGAUAGUUUGCUUUCUGUUGAUCUUGAAGGGGGUUGGAUUAUAGAAGAGAAACCAAGGACCGAAACUACAUUGCUUGGAGAUAGUUCAGCGGAAAUCUUUGAUGAGCCUCAGAUGGCGAUGUCUGCUGAACCUUUCAAUGCACCUGCUUAUUUGAACUUGGAGGAGGCUGGAAGUUCAAGCCCAACGGUCCAUGUUGAGUUAACAAAUUUCGAUGAGAAACUGGCCAAUCUUGCAGAAGACAAGAAUCAGCGGCCUUCAGAUGCAAGCCAGUUAAGAACAGGGAGGCUUGGUGAAGCACUGGUCGAGAAAUAUUUUGCCAAACAGCUAGGUUCCAACAAUGUUAGGUGGGUGAACGACAAAAUUGAAACCGGACUGCCUUAUGAUAUUGUUAUAACACACCCAGAGGGUUUCACAGAGUAUGUGGAGGUUAAAACAACUGUAUCUUCAAGAAAAGAUUGGUUUGACGUCUCACCAAGGGAAUGGCAGUUUGCCUUGGAGAAAGGGGAUUUAUUUAGCAUUGCUCGUGUCAUGUUAGGUACAAAGAAAGCAAGUAUAGAAAUGUUAAAAAACCCACACAAGCUUUAUAAGCAGAAAGUAUUGCGCCUUGGUCUCCUGAUAUCCAGACACAUAAUCUCGUCAGCAGCGACCUAG